GGCUGGUUCUGAACCGUUUGGCUCUUUCUCCACAAGCAAGCAACCUUACAAUGUAUCCCAAUUGCUUUUCAAUCUAAUUUUUUUAAGGAUUUAUCAAAUGCUACACUUAUGUAAUCAAAACACAUCGCUCAUUUGGGAUUUUAACUAUCAAGCCGCAAUCUCGGAGUAGAUUUAUAACGCUUUAUUGUGACUAUAUUUUAGAAAAUAGAGGUGGAGGAAGAGAUUCCAUAUAAGGAGCACAGCAGAGAAGGCACCCGUUGUGUGAUCUGGACAGUUUAAACUGAAAAGGGAUUACUGUCAGUUAUCUGAAUGACACUCGGGCACAUGGUGCUGAGACUGGUGGACUGUACACUUUCAAAACAUAUUUGUUGUGAAAACAGACUUACUACUGUGGCCUAUGUCCUGUUUGCUGACCUCAUGGUGUAACCAGGUGUAAAGAUGAGCAUAAGCAGUGAUGAGGUCAACUUUCUUGUGUACAGAUACCUACAGGAGUCAGGAUUUUCCCACUCAGCCUUCACGUUUGGCAUAGAGAGCCACAUCAGCCAGUCCAACAUCAAUGGAGCCCUGGUGCCCCCUGCUGCCCUCAUCUCCAUCAUACAGAAAGGCCUGCAGUACGUGGAGGCCGAAGUCAGCAUUAAUGAGGACGGUACGCUGUUCGACGGACGGCCGAUCGAGUCCCUGUCGCUCAUCGACGCGGUAAUGCCGGAUGUGGUGCAGACACGGCAGCAGGCCUACCGAGACAAGCUGGCCCAGCAGCAGGCAGCCCAGGCCCCCCCGGCCACCACCACCAACUUGACGGCCAAUGCCAAGAACGGAGAGAACACGGCCAACGGCGAGGAGAACGGAGCUCACACCUUAGCUAAUCUUGCACAUGCUGAUGAGGUACUCUCUGUGUGCCAUACAGACAACCACGUCGACAUGAUGGAGGUGGAUGGGAAUGUGGCGAUUCCCCAGAACAAAGCCUUGGUGCUCCGAGGUCACGAGUCAGAAGUGUUCAUCUGCGCCUGGAACCCUGUCUCCGACCUGCUUGCCUCCGGGUCUGGGGACUCGACGGCACGGAUCUGGAACCUGAGUGACAGCAGCUCCACACAGCUUGUACUGAGGCACUGCAUACGGGAGGGAGGUCAGGACGUCCCCAGCAACAAAGACGUCACAUCAUUAGACUGGAACAGUGAGGGUACGUUACUAGCAACCGGCUCAUAUGAUGGAUUUGCCAGGAUAUGGACAAAGGAUGGUGAUCUUGCAAGUACCCUGGGUCAACACAAAGGUCCCAUUUUUGCAUUAAAAUGGAACAAAAAAGGAAACUUUAUUCUUAGUGCCGGAGUAGAUAAGACUACAAUCAUAUGGGAUGCUCACACAGGAGAAGCAAAGCAGCAGUUCCCGUUCCAUUCAGCACCUGCUCUGGAUGUGGACUGGCAGAGCAACAACACGUUUGCCUCCUGCAGUACAGACAUGUGCAUCCACGUGUGUAAGCUUGGCCAAGACAGGCCUAUCAAGACAUUCCAAGGACACACAAAUGAAGUGAAUGCAAUCAAAUGGGAUCCAACCGGUAACCUGCUAGCCUCUUGCUCAGAUGACAUGACGCUGAAGAUCUGGAGUAUGAAACAGGACACAUGCGUUCAUGAUCUGCAAGCUCACAGCAAAGAGAUCUACACUAUCAAAUGGAGCCCCACCGGUCCUGGAACCAACAACCCCAAUGCCAAUCUGAUGCUUGCCAGCGCGUCCUUUGAUUCGACGGUGCGGCUGUGGGAUGUGGACCGAGGCAUCUGCAUCCACACGUUAACCAAACACCAGGAGCCUGUCUACAGUGUGGCCUUCAGCCCAGACGGCAGGCAUCUGGCCAGCGGCUCCUUCGACAAGUGUGUUCACAUCUGGAACACGCAGACUGGCGCUUUAGUCCAUAGUUACCGGGGGACCGGGGGGAUCUUUGAAGUUUGCUGGAAUGCAGCAGGUGACAAAGUGGGAGCAAGUGCAUCAGAUGGAUCUGUUUGUGUAUUAGAUCUGCGGAAAUAACACUGCUUGUUGGAAGCCAUGGACCGACAAUGAAUGUGUACAUAGCCAAAAUGACUGUCCCUGCGCCAUGUACUGCUAGUCCCGCUUAAACCAUGGCUGGCCACUACAGACCAGAAACAAGCCCCCCGACACAGCAGAUUCAGGAGCAAGGACACGCUCUGUGCAGCAAGUCGUUAGGACCAGAGACAUUAAAGGGACACAGACAAAAAAA